AUGGAAAGUGCGUCGAAUUCGUCCGCUCGUUUCCAAUUCCUCUUCUUAUGUUGGGAGGCCCUAUCCAAUGCCACCGACGACGAGCUCAUCGACUUAGCCGCCAUUCUCGGCUUCACGGGUAUGAUGAAUCAGGUUCAGUUCCACGCCAGUAUCGAAAAUCGCUCUCAGGAGGGUGGCGGCUUCUCGGGCGUGGCCAAGGCGGAGAAGUUCAAGCUCGUGCCGGAUGAACCGCCCAACAUGACAGACGUCGAG